AUUAUUUUGUCUUUCAUCUCUCCCCAUACUGCUUCCUAUUAGCAUACAGCCAUGCUCCCGCUGUCGCUCCUCAAUGCCGCCCAAGGCAAACCCAUGCUGGUGGAACUGAAAUCCGGUGUCACAUUUAACGGCCAUCUUGUCGACUGUGAUUCAUUCAUGAAUGUUACGUUGCGAGAGGUGUAUCAAACGUCGGCGGACGGAGAGAGGUUUUGGAAGAUGAAGGAGAUGUUCAUCAAGGGGAAUGUUAUCAAGUACUUCCGCAUAGCAGACAACAUCCUGGAACAAGCUGCUGAAGAUCAAGACAAGGCGCGAGCAGCGAGCCGUCAACGUGGCGGCGGUAGAGGCGGACGAGGUGGACCUGGAGGCCGAGGUGGACGUGGAGGACCACCAGGCAGAGGUGGUGGAGCUCCUGGGCGAGGUGGUGGACGAGGAGGGUUUGCGCCGAGGGGCAGGGGAGCGCCCAGGGGUGGUGCGCCGCGAUCAUGAUCAAGCGACGUGUCUUGCAGAAGGAAGAAUAUCACGGAAACGGGGAACGUGGGGAUUGGUAGCGAUAAGAGGGAGUGAGAAUAGGAAAUGUGGAUCAAGGGUGUUGUCACUCAUCAGCCUCUCGUUAUUGGGCUGUCAUAAAGUUAUGCAGAC